UCUUACUUUUUUCACGGAUUUUCAAACAAAAACAAAAAAUUUCAAAACAACCCCACUCUUCUCUGAAUCUCAGAAAGCCAGGAAACCAAGAAAAAAAAGCUUAAAAACCCAACAUUUGGCAACCAAACAGUAAUUGGAAAACACAACAAUAGUAGCCGACAAUGCUUCUUCAGAUAUAACGCUGAAAUAAAACAAACCCAGCUUUUGAAACAAAGAAUUGUUUUUUUUUUUCAUUUGGUUUCAAGCUUAGUAGGUGGGUGAGGCUGAAAGAGGGGGGAAAAAGGGGUUAAAAUAUUGAACAGGAAAUGGCAAGUACAAAAGAGUCAAGUUCAGAGGGAAGUAACAUCAAGGGCGUGCACACUCAUGGAGGUCAAUAUGUUCAGUACAAUGUAUACGGUAACUUAUUUGAGGUUUCCAGUAAGUACGUUCCUCCUCUUCGUCCAAUCGGUAGAGGUGCUUAUGGCAUUGUUUGUGCUGCUGUUAAUUCACAGACCCGCGAGGAGGUUGCUAUUAAGAAGAUUGGCAAUGCAUUCGAUAAUAGGAUAGAUGCCAAAAGGACGUUGAGAGAAAUUAAGCUUCUUUGUCACAUGGACCACGAAAAUGUUAUUGCCAUCAAGGACAUCAUUCGACCACCAAAAAAGGAUGCCUUCAAUGAUGUUUACAUUGUUUAUGAAUUGAUGGACACUGAUCUUCACCAGAUAAUUCGCUCUGAUCAACCAUUGACAGACGAUCAUUGUCAGUACUUUUUAUAUCAGUUGUUACGGGGGCUGAAGUAUGUGCACUCUGCCAAUGUUUUGCAUCGUGACCUUAAGCCAAGCAAUCUGCUGUUGAAUGCAAAUUGUGACCUUAAAAUUGGAGACUUCGGAUUGGCAAGAACAACAUCUGAAACAGAUUUCAUGACAGAAUAUGUUGUCACUCGAUGGUACCGAGCACCAGAGUUGCUUCUUAGUUGUUCAGAAUACACUGCUGCCAUUGAUAUUUGGUCUGUUGGUUGCAUACUUGGUGAAAUCAUGACGAGAGAACCUCUAUUUCCAGGCAAAGAUUAUGUUCAUCAACUGAGACUCAUCACAGAGUUGAUAGGUUCACCCGAUGACGCUAGUCUUGGAUUUCUCCGAAGUGAUAAUGCCCGUAGGUACGUCAGACAACUUCCACAGUGUAGGAAACAACAGUUUUCAGCUAGGUUCCCAAAUAUGUCAGCUGGUGCUGUUGAUUUGCUAGAAAAAAUGCUUGUAUUUGACCCUGACCGACGAAUUACAGUUGAUGAGGCACUUAGCCACCCAUACUUGGCAUCUCUUCAUGAUAUCAACGACGAACCUGUUUGUGCCAGGCCUUUUAUUUUCGAUUUUGAGCAAUUAUCAUGCAGUGAAGAUCACAUCAAAGAGCUUAUUUGGAGGGAAUCUGUAAAAUUCAAUCCAGAUCCAAUCCAUUAAGAGAAAUCAAUCUCCCAUGUAGAAAUAUACUGGGAAAGGCUUCUUUCCGCGGAAUUCCCUAUGUGACAUUGUUCUUCAUUGUUCAUGGGAGUCCUUGUCAGUCGAGUCGAACCAUAACUAAAGUACAAGGAGGAUGAUCUUUUAGUUUCUUAUGUUAUCAUAGACAGACAUAGAACUUCCUUCUUGAUAUAUGUAAUGGAAAUUCAAGAGCUCAGUGCAAAGAUAAUGAAUGUUGUAUUGAUCAAUGGUUUUAUUUUAGGUUGAUUUUAGAUACUUCUUUAA